AUGACAGAGGAACUACCAGCUGAUAAUUUUGGUUAUUGUCAAACAGAAACUAUCCAGCGGAUGCUGAGAUAUGGAUUCAAGUUUUCUGAGGAUCUACUGGAUAUGGCUCUCAUUUUUGAGAAUCAAAAAUUGUUCAAGUGGCUACAUACCAAUACGACAUUCCAAUGUACAUUGGAAUCACCGAUGGAUCGCGCAGCAGAAUAUGGAUAUAUCGAGUUCGUCAAAUGGCUCAGUGAAAACACAACAACUGGUUGUACAACCGAUGCAAUGGAUAAAAGUGCAGAGCUAGGACACUUUCACAUUCUGGAAUGGCUCCAUCUUAAUAGAAGUGAAGGAUGUACAACCAAUGCUAUGGAUAAUGCAUGUCAUGAAUAUAGAACGGCAAUAAAAGAUGGAGUACUCUUUAGAAAACAACUUGAAAUGGUGAAAUGGCUGCACUACAAUCGAACUGAAGGUUGUACAACUGCUGCUUUCGAUCAAGCUGCGAAAAUAGGCAAUUUAGCGAUUGUCGAUUGGCUGCAUAAAAAUCGAACCGAAGGAUUCUCCUCGGGAAUAUUAGAUAAAAUCGCACUGAACGGACACAUGGAGCUUGUAGAGUGGUUCGAGAAGAACACCAAUGAGGAAUUCGAUUUGGAUAUACUCGAUCAGAGUAUAACCGUUGGUAACUUAAAUCUUGUCAAGUACUUACACGCGAGAAACAGAGACGAUAACCGAUAUCUAUUCACAACGGCAACGAUGAAUCACGCCAUCUUCAAGGAGCGUCUCGAUAUCAUGGAGUGGUUGCAUUCGAACGUACCAGAGAUAUGCAAAAACACCACCAUAGACAAACCGCUCUACUAUAACUAUCAAACCAUUAAAUGGUUGGAGGAACAUCGAAAUCAAUACUAUUUCCAAAGAUCAAUCGAUGUUGUCAAAUGUAUAGAGUACUAUUUCAGUAACUCUCAAUACGAUGCAUUGGAAUGGACAUUAAAUAAUCUCUCAAUCUCCGAUCAACAACUCAUUGGCAUACAAACCUAA